GCCGGCGGGUGCGUCGAGCUCGCCGCGGACCCAAGAUGGCGGCGUGUGGACGUGUACGGAGGAUGUUCCGCUUGUUGGCGGCGCUGCAGCUACUGCUGCUGCUGGCGAUAGCCGGAGCCCAGAAAGCCCCGGGCCCGGGCAGCCACGGUCAGGGCCCGGGCCCGGGGCCCAACUUGGCGUCCUUAAUCGGGCAGGGUGGAGGCGGCAGCCCGGCGGGGCAGCAGCCGCCUCAGCCGCCUCAGCUAUCGCUGCAGCAGCAGCCGCCGCAGCCGCCUCAGCCUCCACAGCCUCUUUUCCCGGCGGGUGGGCCCCCGGCCCGGCGGGGCGGAGCGGGCCCGGGUGGGACCGGCGGCGGCUGGAAGCUGGCGGAGGAAGAAUCCUGCCGGGAGGACGUGACCCGCGUGUGCCCCAAGCACACCUGGAGCAACAACCUGGCGGUGCUCGAGUGCCUGCAGGACGUGCGGGAGCCUGAGAAUGAAAUUUCUUCAGACUGUAAUCAUUUGUUGUGGAAUUACAAGCUGAACCUGACUACGGAUCCCAAAUUUGAAUCUGUGGCCAGAGAGGUUUGUAAGUCAACUAUAUCAGAGAUUAAAGAAUGUGCUGAUGAACCAGUUGGAAAAGGUUACAUGGUUUCCUGCUUGGUGGAUCACCGAGGCAAUAUCACUGAAUAUCAGUGUCACCAAUACAUCACCAAAAUGACAGCUAUCAUUUUCAGUGAUUAUCGUUUAAUCUGUGGCUUCAUGGAUGACUGCAAAAAUGACAUCAACAUUCUGAAAUGUGGCAGCAUUCGCCUUGGUGAAAAGGAUGCACAUUCACAAGGUGAGGUGGUAUCAUGCUUGGAGAAAGGUCUGGUGAAGGAAGCAGAAGAAAAAGAGCCCAAAGUUCAAGUCUCUGAACUCUGCAAGAAAGCCAUUCUCCGGGUGGCUGAGCUGUCCUCGGAUGACUUUCAUUUAGACCGGCAUUUGUACUUCGCUUGCCGAGAUGAUCGGGAGCGUUUUUGUGAAAAUACUCAAGCUGGUGAAGGAAGAGUAUAUAAAUGCCUUUUUAAUCAUAAAUUUGAAGAAUCCAUGAGUGAAAAGUGUAGAGAAGCCCUAACCACCCGUCAAAAGCUCAUUGCCCAGGAUUAUAAAGUCAGUUAUUCAUUGGCCAAAUCCUGUAAGAGUGACUUGAAGAAAUACCGGUGCAAUGUGGAAAACCUUCCUCGGUCCCGGGAAGCCAGGCUCUCCUACCUUCUAAUGUGCUUGGAGUCAGCUGUGCACAGAGGGCGACAAGUGAGCAGCGAGUGCCAAGGGGAGAUGUUAGACUACCGACGCAUGCUGAUGGAAGAUUUCUCUUUGAGCCCUGAGAUCAUCCUCAGCUGUCGUGGGGAGAUUGAACACCACUGUUCUGGAUUACAUCGGAAAGGGCGAACCCUCCACUGUCUAAUGAAAGUAGUUCGGGGUGAGAAAGGGAACCUUGGCAUGAACUGCCAGCAGGCGCUUCAAACACUGAUUCAGGAGACUGAUCCUGGUGCAGAUUACCGCAUCGAUCGAGCUUUGAAUGAAGCUUGUGAAUCUGUAAUACAAACAGCCUGCAAACACAUCCGAUCUGGAGACCCAAUGAUUCUCUCGUGUCUGAUGGAGCAUUUGUACACAGAGAAGAUGGUAGAAGACUGUGAGCACCGCCUCUUAGAGCUGCAGUACUUCAUCUCCCGGGAUUGGAAGCUGGACCCUGUCUUAUACCGCAAGUGCCAAGGAGAUGCUUCUCGCCUUUGUCAUACCCAUGGUUGGAACGAGACCAGUGAACUUAUGCCUCCCGGAGCCGUGUUCUCUUGUUUAUAUAGACACGCCUACCGCACCGAGGAACAGGGAAGGAGGCUUUCACGGGAAUGCCGAGCUGAAGUCCAAAGGAUUCUACACCAGCGUGCCAUGGAUGUUAAGCUGGAUCCUUCCCUCCAGGAUAAGUGCCUGAUAGAUCUGGGGAAAUGGUGUAGUGAGAAAACAGAGACGGGGCAGGAGCUUGAGUGUCUCCAGGACCAUCUAGAUGACUUGGCUGUGGAAUGCAGAGACAUUGUGGGAAACCUCACAGAGUUAGAGUCCGAGGACAUCCAAAUAGAAGCCCUGCUGAUGAGAGCUUGUGAGCCCAUAAUUCAGAACUUCUGCCAUGAUGUGGCAGACAACCAGAUCGACUCUGGGGACCUGAUGGAGUGUCUGAUCCAGAACAAACACCAGAAGGACAUGAAUGAGAAGUGUGCCAUAGGAGUCACUCACUUUCAGCUGGUGCAGAUGAAGGAUUUUCGAUUCUCCUACAAGUUUAAAAUGGCCUGCAAGGAGGAUGUGUUGAAACUUUGCCCCAACAUAAAAAAGAAGGUAGAUGUGGUGAUUUGCCUAAGCACAACUGUACGAAACGACACUCUGCAGGAAGCCAAGGAACACAGAGUGUCUCUGAAGUGCCGCAAGCAACUCCGGGUGGAGGAGCUGGAGAUGACAGAGGACAUCCGCUUGGAACCCGAUCUGUAUGAAGCCUGCAAGAGUGACAUUAAGAACUACUGUAACACUGUACAGUAUGGAAAUGCUCAGAUUAUCGAAUGCUUGAAAGAAAACAAGAAGCAGCUGAGUACCCGUUGUCACCAGAAAGUAUUUAAGCUGCAAGAGACAGAGAUGAUGGACCCAGAACUAGACUAUACACUCAUGCGAGUCUGCAAGCAGAUGAUUAAGAGGUUCUGCCCAGAAGCAGAUUCUAAAACCAUGUUGCAGUGCUUGAAGCAAAAUAAAAACAGCGAAUUGAUGGAUCCCAAAUGCAAACAGAUGAUAACCAAGCGCCAGAUCACCCAGAACACAGAUUACCGCUUAAACCCUGUGCUGAGGAAAGCCUGUAAAGCUGACAUUCCUAAAUUCUGUCAUGGUAUCCUGACCAAGGCCAAGGAUGAUUCAGAACUAGAAGGCCAAGUCAUCUCAUGUCUCAAGCUGAGAUAUGCUGACCAGCGCCUGUCUUCAGACUGUGAGGACCAGAUCCGCAUCAUCAUCCAGGAGUCUGCUCUGGAUUACCGCCUCGACCCUCAGCUCCAGCUGCAUUGCUCAGAUGAGGUAGGCCACAGGUGCAAAGCUGAAUAUUCUCCGACGCUCAUCCUUCUCCUUCUGUUCUUUCAGUUUGCGUUGUUUUUCUUCCGACUGUCUUUCCAAUUUCUUGAGCUACAGCAACCAACCGUUCACGAAGACCCCGCAAGGAUGUGUUGCCGUUUGUGCCAGCGAAAGCGCGAUCCGCCAUCUUCGGUGCCGAUUCUAUUCAAAAUGACCUUCCCUUUUCAGGAAGUGUUAAACAUGCUUAAGGAAAGCAAAGCAGACAUCUUUGUGGACCCAGUUCUUCACACAGCAUGUGCGCUGGACAUUAAGCACCACUGUGCAGCUAUCACACCUGGCCGGGGGCGUCAGAUGUCCUGUCUAAUGGAGGCCUUAGAGGAUAAGCGGGUGAGGUUACAGCCGGAGUGCAAAAAGCGCCUCAACGACCGAAUUGAAAUGUGGAGUUAUGCAGCCAAGGUGGCCCCAGCAGAUGGCUUCUCUGAUCUUGCCAUGCAAGUGAUGACAUCGCCUUCAAAGAACUACAUCUUAUCUGUGAUCAGUGGGAGCAUCUGCAUAUUGUUUCUAAUUGGCCUGAUGUGUGGGCGGAUCACCAAGCGUGUGACACGAGAGCUCAAGGACAGGUAGAGCCACCUUGACCAUCAAAGGAACUACCUGCCCAGUGCCCAGUUGUACAGCCUUUCUGUAUAGUGUACCCGCUCACCUCGCCCUUCUAAAGAGGUGACACCAGACCCACAGUAGAGCAGCAGCAGGUGCCCACUGCAUUGUCACGUCCAGACCUGGCCACAUCCAUGACCUCCUCCUCUUUGUCCUCCUCGCCACCCAGCUGUCCUUGCAGCAUCAGCAACUGGCCACUUUGGUGGUAGCCUUUGUUGGAGAAACUGGGUUUAUCUGCUUGUAGACAAGUCUCUCUCAUACCAACAGAACUUCUAGAAUCAACUCACCUGACCUGCAACUCAAAUGCUUUUUAAAAAAAAAAAAAAAAAGACAAGAAAAAAAAGAAAAGACAAAAAAAAUUUUAAAGGAAAACGUGUAUAUAGUAACACAUCUCCUUCACUUUUGACUUGAACAGCGGGGUUAUUUCUCAUGUAACUUUGUCAGGUGACAGUAGGACUUGGAGGAGAUGCAAAUCUGAUCAUUGAAAUGUCUGGCUCAUCUCCCAGAAGCAUCUUUGGACUACCUCAAGGCAGGGGACUUCACCAAGUAGUGGGAAACACUAAGCAGCCUGCUUUGGGUCCUGUUUGCUUCUGCUGAAGCACCAAUACUGCCCAGCUCCCAUCCGAAUGAACCACUGUUGGACACAGUUCCACAGCAACAGGAAUUUCUGUCACCUCCCCACUGCAGUGCAGAGGCAUAAGCCUCCCUAGGCCAAUGAAUGGCAAGUGGCUAGGGAAGGAGCAGAAGUCUGUCAAGCAGGACAGUCCACUGGUCUGCACUGAGAAACUUAUUUCUACAGCCAGCAGGAUCCUGGACAUUGUCUUCCUCCUCCAGGAUGGUAUGGAGCUGUCACAUCUUUGUGGACCCUGCUGAGCUGAGCAUCAGGUCACUCUGGAAGUUCUCUGCCUCAUCAGAGGCAGUGACUGGGUGGGGGAUAGGACCUCUGAGACUAGGGUGUGGGUGGCAGGACACGGAGGAACAGGUGUCAGACUCACUUCACUUUAGUUUUUGAGCUGUAUUACAGGCCAGAAAUAGUCGCUUCUAAAGAUUUAGCAGGGUCUCAGGGUGUGACUGGCUGUGCAGCCUGACUUUCUGCACGCUCCUGGCAGAUUCCCAGACAAGCUCCUCUGUGCCCCCAUGUGGAGGAAUGUGGAAAGUGAUUGCAUUAAAGAUGGAGGAUUUCCUCCGUUCAUUUUCUGUCCAUUUGCUGUGUGUACCCACUCUGGUAGGCACUGGCUAAAUGUUGUAUUUUGGUGAUUUAUCAACCUUUCCAGAAUCUGAGCUUUACAGGAGCAGGAUUCCCAGCCAUCUUCCCUCAUUCCUCCAGUAUAAAAACGAAAGGGUUGGGGCAUAAGAGGGAGGAGCCUAGGCAUUACAGUUCAUCCUGGUUCACCUUUGGUUGAGUUUGGGAUAUGGAGUCAUAGUGGCUGUACAGGAGGGCAGCAUGUACAGUAGGAGAUAUAUUUAUAUAAUAUAUAUUUUAUUAACCUGUUAGAUGUCCACAAAGUAUUAUAAAUCAUGUGCCUAAAACUGUCCACAUAGACCGAGGCUCCUUUGUGGUGCCCUUACUCCUCUGCUUCCCAUUUGCACCUACGAGUGCUAUGGUACCUGAACGUGUGUCUUCCCUGAAAUAUGUUCAGUGCAAGUUGUGUCAGUUUUAGAUCAGUUGCUCCAAAUCACUCCUUGUCUGAUCUGACAGUCAUUUGAAUACUGUGGUUUUCCUCCCCUCCCUCCAUUCCUCCCUCCCUUUCUUUUCUGCCUUUUCUGGUGGCAGAGAGUUCCAAAGGCCAUGCCACCUGUAUAGGACAAUUGAAGUUGUCAAGGGGAACUUGUAAGCUGCCUGUCCCCUAAGUCAUGCUUUUAGGGGCUUCCAGAUUCUCUGGAGCCCUUCUGGGAUUCUUGAGUCUGAUGAGACAACACCUGCUUGUGCAAGCAGCACCUUGCACUCUGCUAACUGGUCUGAGCUGGUUCUGAGGCCCCCUCCUUCUCCAGGGUUCUCAGUUGGGCACUAGAGCUGACACCCAGAAGUGGAAUGUCACUGUGGUUCAGGAUCACAUUGAUGUUCACCAGCAAACUAAGUGGGAUCAUCUGGGCUUGGUAGUGCAUGCCUUUAAUUGCAGCACUCAGGCAGAGGCAGGCGGAUCUCUGUGAGUUUGAGGCCAACCUGGUCCACACAGCAGAUCCAAGUCAGCUGUGGCUACAGGGCAACCCUGUCUCAAAAAGACCCCCCAAAAAAGUCUAGGGUGGGAUCAUCACUCUGACCCCUGCAGCCUCCUUCCAACAUAUGUAAAACCACCUUGUGUUUCUAACGUGUCUCGAUAGUUCUCUUGUUUCUGAUCAGACAGGAGUCAUUGUCUACAGCAGAUUUGGUUGAGUCUACGACGGGUUUUGAUGAGUUUGGGUCCUGAAAUAUUUGCCAUUAGAAAUGAUCAGAAUGAAAAAAAUAGCUGUUACCUUGACUUGCUUAGUGUAAGGAAGUAUUCAUCAUCUAUCUUCCUUGGAGUAGUUUCCCAUGACUGGCUCUUGAGGGUCUCAGGCUGGGUCUUUUUGCAAGUUUUUCUUGUCUUUGUCUAGGGGGGCCAGCACAUCCAUUCUGUAGCUCAUUUUGUAGGCCUAAUGUAGUGGCUCUAGCCUCAUAGGUCAGUCAUUGAUAUGAGUUAGAUCAUUGAGAAUCCAGACCCUACCAUGAGAGCCGAAAACAGACCCUGGCCUUUCGCUCUACUUGUAUCGUGCCCAUAAGCAGGAAGGCCAAGGCUUCAGGCACUUGCUGAAAAGGACAGCAGUGGUCUGGCUUUGCCAGCUCAUGUCAGUGUCUCAGGAACUCUUAGUACAGCAUUACCCUCUGCUGGCUCUAAAAACUCAGCCAAGGCCACCGUGAACCAAGAGGUCAGAGAUCUGAACACCAAGAAUCAGACUAACCUCCUCUGAUGGGGCUUCUCCCAGGGAAAGGUUUUGGUUGCUCUGGGAGCAAGAAACAUCAUUACCGACAAGUCCCUGGAUUUCUCUGCUGUUGCUGCUGUCUCAAGACAGGUCUGCUAGCAAGAUGUGCCAAUGGGAGGCAUACCAGUCUGGGUCUACCCCUGAGACAGACUUCUGCCUUCCCAGACACCAUCUAGCUAUCAGUUCCAGCCCUAGCCUGUGGCUUACUGAGCCAGUGCAUCCCAAGGUAGAAGCAUGACCAGUGAAAUGGCAUGUAGUGAGCAGGUGAUGACAGAGCCUGUUGCAGGCACCAUGACUGCCUUGUCCUGUUCUUAAAAUUGGGCAUCUCCUCCAGUAUGGGGCCGGAAAAGUGUGGUGAAUAGUCUACUGUCCAGGUGGGAUAGAAAGUUACAGUUUUAUCUUCCCGUUUCCUAAAGCCAACUGAUAGGAAAAUCUGAUGGCAAGGAUGUUGAUGUUUAUUGGACACAUUAGCAAGGGAAUUAUGUGAUUAGUGUCCCUCACCCUUCCCAAGAUUGACUCUUGGGUAUCAUCAGUAUGACUUCUGGAAAACCCUCCAUCCCAAAGGCCCUCCUAUAAUGAACCACAGGGGGCUUCUGGGGCCUCCACUCUAAGCUGGUCUCAAGCCUGAGACCUUGCCUUCCCAUUCCUUCCUCUGUCCCAAAACAAAACAAAGUUUCCUCCACGUGUAUCAGGCUCUCUUAGAUACUGGCCCAAAUCCCUCAGAAGUUAGCCAGCCCAGCCUGGCAUCUGCAGCCUAAAUCAGGUCCAUAGAACCUCAAGAAGCUGGUGACUUGGAAUUAUGUACAUCUUGAUAGUUAGCUUCUUAUGAGUUUGAAAAUCCCCAAAGCUCAGAAUGUGCUCUGAGAUUUCUCACUAUUGGGCACACAGUGGUUUUGUAGGAUGUGACCUGGGUUCUUUUGGGUCCUUAGGAUAUGUGUCUUAACUCACCUCUGCCCCACUUGGCUUUGGUUCCCAGAGGGCUGCACCUGGAUCUAGUGUUCUGGCCUCCCUUUCCCUUCAUGUCUUUGGUUUGAGAUCUAUCCUGCCACACUCCCCGUUUGACUCCUCCACUAGAGAGGACUGGGGUCACCUGUUAGGGUUUGUGAAGCCAAAUUUCCCUUCUUACUACCCAGACAUGAGACAACAGUGAAUUGUAAACAAACCAAGAUAGAAGGGUGACACACACCUCCUGGGUGUCCAGUGAGAUUGCUGUAGGGACUCGGCUGUUUGUCACUCAGAGCACAAAUGGACAGGCAAGUGGUGACAGGAUCCUUCCUAACAAGUCUCUUCCUUCGUCAUCUCCUACCUGGGCGCUGGGUACCAGGUAGUAAAGAGCUUCCCAGGUGAGGAGGUGUGCUGACCAUGCCUCUGUAUCAAAUUUUGCCUCCUCUAAACCCAGAACUGAUCCCUGGACCUCACAGCAUAGGGUCCUUUGCCAGAGCAGGUCCCAGGUCACUUGACAGCACACUGGGCAGCAGCAGGCUUCCUGAGACUUGCUCCUAGCACAGGGCAGUUGUGGCAGGAAAACAGUUGCACAGCAAGUGCUGUGAAAAUCUUAGGCCUCUAACUUGUUUUCAUGGUUUUCCUUUUAGGGCUUUUUUUUUUUUUUAAAGGGGGGAAGAAAAGUACAACUAACAGGCCUCUUUUGUAAAUGGGUUUCCUUUCUAUGUAUAAAAUCCCAGCAGUUCCUUGUUUUUACAUGUUCAUGCUGUGUAAUUUUGAGAUGUUACUGAGAUUCUGAACAUAAUGUGCAUUUUUUUCUGUACAGAUGAAAUGGGAGAAUUUAAUAAAGAGUUCGCAGGUUUGUACUUGUUAAA